GAGGAUCUAUUCCUGUAAUGCAAAAUAGCGUUCCUAGACCUCACUGUAUAUUGAUUGAGAAGCAGGUGCUUCGCACGUCUUUAACACAUUCACUUCAAAACUAUUCAACAAGAAAGGUGAAUAUAGGAGAGGCAGCAAUCGAAUUCAUCUUGUAGCAGCAAGGAACCCAGGAUGGCGGAAGAAAUGAAUGAUGAUACUCAGAACGCUAUUACAGUAUUCAAUAUGAUCAACAGAAUUCGAACGAUUUCAAAACGUGAAACCCCAAAGAAGAGCGUAUUAAAGAGGAAUAAAUCAUCAUCAGGGGCGAUGGCUUCUGGCAAGAACCCACCUGCCGCGCCGGUACUCAACUUUCCAUCGAUGGCCGGAUUUAGAACGAUACAAGGCAUCAAGUACCUCAACUCGUACCGUCUGCACUCCAAGAACCCGUUCCACACGGAAAAAGUGGAGAAAAUCCUGCAGGAUGUGAUGGACGAGCGCCUCAAUCAACUCGUCUACGAGCCGACAGUCUGCACCAAGCUCUGUGUUGACCUCGCAGCCGAUAUCCGCGCCAAAGUCAAAGCCUUGCAGUUCGAAAGGUACAAACUAAUUUGCUUAGUCCAAAUCUGCGAGAAGAAUAACCAGAGUGUGGUUUCACAGAGCAAAUUUCUUUGGGACAGUGAAAGAGACAAAUAUGCAGUCUAUAGUUUCGAGAACUCUACCUUAUUGGCUGCAGCAUUGGUUUAUGGAAUUUAUUAUGAAUAGAAAAUAUCACUUAGUAUUUGAGUGUCUUCAAGGAAAAUUGAAAAUUGUUGACACGAUACGGUGCCAAUGAAAAUAGCGAGAAAUAAAGGUGGUAAUUUAA